AUGGCCGACAAGUCCGUUGUCACUGCCGACCGCAUGGAUGAGGUCUCCGAAAAAGUCCCACAGACCACGGAAGCUCCCCGCAGAGAUGUGCAGCUGUUUGGUCUCGGGAGUCCCGGUGUGCAGCGAAUCGAGGCCAUUGCCUCGCAAUUCAGUCUGGUAGAUCGGGUCUGCCUCUUCCUUGCCAUUUUCCUGAUUGCCUACGUGUAUGGUAUCGACGGAACCGUCCGGUACACUUAUCAGCCACUCGCAACCCAGGGGUUUGGACAGCACAGUCUUCUCGCUACUGUUAACGUUCUUCGCGCGGUCAUUGCCGCCGCGGCGCAGCCUACUGCGGCCAAGAUUGCCGAUGUCUUCGGUCGAGUCGAGUUGAUUGUAGUCUCCAUUCUUUUCUACGUGAUUGGAACCAUCAUUGAGGCCUGUGCCAACAACAUGCAGGCCUUCUGCGCUGGAGCUGUGAUCUACCAGAUUGGAUACACCUGCAUCAUGUUGCUGGUGGAGGUUCUCAUCGCCGAUGUCACCUCGACUCGAUCACGACUCUUGUUCUCCUACAUUCCUACCCUGCCUUUCAUCAUCAAUACGUGGAUUAGCGGAAACGUGACCUCCUCCGUCCUCUCCGUCACGGGCUGGCGAUGGGGCAUUGGCAUGUUCGGCAUCAUCUAUCCCGUCUGUGCACUUCCCUUGAUCGCAGUGCUCCUGCGGGUUCAAUCUCGGGCUAAGCGUGCGGGUGUUUUGGGAUCCUAUCUCACUCCGUUCCAGCGACUGGGUGCCAAACAGCUUGCGGUCGAGCUGGUGAUGCAACUGGACGUGGUCGGAAUCAUCCUGAUGAUUGGCGUCUUUGCCUGUAUUCUGGUUCCAUUCACUCUGGCCGGAGGUGUGACGGCGCAGUGGAAGACUGCCAAGGUCAUCGCUCCCUUGGUGAUUGGUGUCUUGCUGAUUCCCGUCUGGGUGUAUUGGGAGAAGACAUGCAAAUACCCGAUGCUGCCAUUCAAGCGCCUGAAGGAUCGUGGAGUGUGGGGUGCUCUGGGUAUUGCGGUGAUGCUCAACACGGCGUGGUAUCUCCAAGGUGACUUUUUGUACACCGUGCUCUUUGUGAGCUUCGACGAAUCCAUUCUCAGCGCCACCCGCAUCACCUCGCUGUACAGCUUUGCCUCCGUCCUCACCGGCACCGCCCUUGGAUUCGUCGUCAUGCGAGUCCGUCAGCUGAAGCCCUUUAUUGUGGCCGGUACCAUGCUGUUCACCGUCGCUUUUGGUAUUCUGAUCCAUUUCCGCGGUGGAGCCGAUGGUUCAAGCCAUUCCGGUGUCAUCGGUGGACAAGUACUUUUGGGUAUUGCCGGAGGAAUGUUCCCUUAUCCAGCACAGGCCAGUAUCCAAGCCGUCUCCAAGCAUGAACAUCUUGCCGUCGUCACAGGAAUCUUCCUGGCCUCCUACAACAUCGGCAGCGCGCUAGGCAACACCAUCUCCGGCGCAAUCUGGAACCAAGUGCUACCAUCAGAGUUGAGUCGUCGACUCGGCAACGAGACUCUCGCCGCCGAGGUGUACGCGCAGCCGCUCGCUUUUGCCGCCGUCAACCCCGUGGGCACGCCGGACCGCGAUAAUGUGAUUUUGGCCUACCGCCGGACUCAAAGUCUGCUGUGCAUUACCGGCAUCUGUUUGACCGUUCCCUUGAUUGCGUUUGCGCUGUGCACUCGCAACCCCAAGUUGACCAAGGAGCAGACGCUUGCCAAGGCGGAGGAGGAGUCGGGCUCCGAGUCGGACUAG